CCUGCACACAUAGUGAAAGCAGUCUGCUGGCAGCCAUUACACAGAACUCCACUGAAUUCUGGAAGUUGUAGUUUGUGCUGCAGGUCUGUAUGUAAAAAUCUGGACUCCAUUUUCUUUUAUUGUUUUGAGCCAAUUUUGUAGAUGUAUAAAGCCUAUGGGCAAGAGUGUGUGCUGUUUAGCCUACUGAGAGGCCUGGAGUCUGCAUUUUCCACUGAUAACUUACUUACCUGACCUUAGAACCCUAAUAAUAAGGCUACUGUGAUUGGUGGGAAUAUCUAGCUUGUAUGUCAGAACAACAGGCUCAAUUCCUUACUCCUAUGUUUAAAACAUCUCUGAAGUCACUAAGCAGGGUUACCACUUUCAUGCACCAGUGACAAGAAAGUUUCUGUGGUUAAAUACUUAUUGUAAGUAAACAGAAUCACUAAGAGCUGUAUUAAAAGGAUGUAUUUUGUGCUGAUAAUUUCAUGCAUACUCAUAAAAUGGAUAAUUCAGAAGAUACGUUCAUCCUACCUUUGGGAAGACUUUAAGUUCUUCUUAAAUAUGAUCCAUUGUUCCAGGAAGAUUGAAAAGUCAACUCAGCAUUGUUCUUCCCCGGGCAUGUUGGAUGUAUUUUUACAGCACGUAUCCACAAGACCUCACAAGACAUUUAUUUUAUACCAGGACCAGGCUUAUUCUUUCAGGGACAUCGAUCUGAAAAGCAGCCAAGCAGCAUGGGCUUUAACUCAAUAUGCAAAUCUUAAAAAUGGGGAUUGUGUUGCCGUCUACGUGGGAAAUGAGCCUGCAUUUAUCUGGCUUUGGAUAGCACUAGCCAAACUAGGGUGUCCAAUGGCUUGUCUCAACUGCAACAUACGUUCAAAAUCCCUUCUUCAUUGCUUUAAGGGCUGUGGGGCUAAGAUUCUGAUUGCAGCUCCAGAAUUUCAGGCUGUUUUGGAGGAAGUACUUCCUGCUCUGAUAGAAGAUGGCGUGAAGGUCUUCUACCUGAGCAGAGAUUCGCCUACUAAAGGUGUUGAAGGUUUACUUGAUAUAAUAGAAGCUUCUUCAGAAGACCCUAUUCCUGAAUCUUAUAGAUCAACCAUUGCACCAAAAUCUCCCUCUAUAUAUAUUUACACAUCAGGAACUACAGGGCUUCCAAAGGCGGCUGUAAUAACACACAGGCGUGUUUUCACAAGCAGCACAGUGGCCUUGCUUUGUGGACUCACAAGUGAGGAUAUACAAUACAUUCCAAUACCACUUUAUCACAGUGCUGGACUGCUCAUUGGUGUCAGAGGAUGUAUUCAGACAGGGGCUACAAUUCUCCUCAGAAAAAAAUUCUCAUCCUCUCAGUUCUGGGAUGACUGCAGAAAAUACAACGUAACAGCAUUCCUAUAUAUUGGGGAAAUACUUCGAUAUCUAUGUAACACUUGUAAGAACGUCAAUGACUAUGACCACUCUAUACGGUUAGCUAUAGGCAAUGGCGUGAGACCUGAGGUCUGGAAAGAAUUCAUUAAUCGUUUCGGUAAAAUCAAAUUGUUUGAAUUCUAUGGAGCAACAGAAGGAAAUGCAUUCUUCUUAAACUACACACAGAAAGAAGGUGCAAUGGGCAGAUACAAUUCUUUCUUAAAGCUUGUUCAGCCUUUUGAAAUUAUUAAAUUUGAUACGGAAAAAGAUGAACCAGUGCGAGAUCAUAGAGGACGCUGUAUCAGAGUAACAGGAGGUGAGACUGGGCUUCUGAUUGCAAAACAUGUUGCCAGCAAUCCAUUUAAUGGAUAUGCAGGAAAAGAAGAGACAGAAAAGAAGAAACUUUACAAUGUACUUCAAAAAGGAGAUAUUUAUUUUAACACCGGAGAUUUGGUCAUGAUGGACAAAGAAGGGUUUAUUUUCUUUCAGGAUCGUGUUGGAGACACUUUUCGGUGGAAAGGUGAAAAUGUGGCAACAACAGAAAUAGAAAACCUAAUGUUAAUAUUGGAUUUUAUUGAAGAUGCCAAUGCUUUUGGUGUCCCAGUGCCUGAUCAUGAAGGUAGAAUUGGAAUGGUGUCCCUCAAGCUAAAAGAAGGAAAAUCCUUUGAUGGGGACAAAAUAUUUAAACAAGUCACAGAAUAUUUACCCAAUUAUGCCAGACCUCGCUUUGUUAGAAUACAGGACUCCAUACAAGUAACUGCCACUUACAAACAAUAUAAAAUGGAUCUGGUCAAAGAUGGCUUUAAUCCGUUCUGUGUAAAAGAUCCGCUAUAUAUUUUGGAUGAUACAUUUAGAACCUACAGGCCAAUGGAUCGCCAGCUUUACAAUGACAUUUUGGAAAAAAGAAUUAAACUUUAGAAUGAUGAAAGGGCUUUAUUAAAAUUCUUCUUUUUUUAUCCACUAUAAA